AUGGCGCAUCGAUAUUCGGUGAGAUAUGAACCUAUCCAAACAACGGAUCAACCGGGCCUGGAAGUUGUCGACUCUCCUCCGCCGCCACCACCCGAGAAAUUAUUCCAACAGCUCCAACACCUGUCCAACGAUCCUGCUCAGUCGACACCUAUCCCGGUAGCCAGCUUAGGAGGAAAUUAUCCUGGGCCGCCGCCGCCGCCGCCGCCGCCACCCAAUCCCUAUGCACAAGAAGGGGGAUAUGAGCAUCCGCAAUUCAACGGUGCCCCACCGAUGCCAGAGAAAGAAGGCCGGAUAUGCGGUCUGAAGAGAUGGGUGUUUUUCGUUCUGAUCUUGGUCGCUGUCGUAGUCGUAGCUGGUGCGGUCGGUGGCGGUGUCGGUGGCGCUCUUGCAGGAAAGAACAACAAUAAUAAUAAUAGUGCUGAGGCCAAUAAUGGUCAGACAUCAACUACCAGUACGGGAGGCUCUGCUACAAGUACAAGUGCAGGUCCGACUAGCACUACGAGCGCUCCACCAAGACUUCCAACACCGGGAACAUUUGCUGCUGUCAAAUCCUCGGAUCCAAAUCAAGAAAAUUACAAUAGUCUUACAUAUAUUUUCCAGGAUAUCAACACUCCGGAUAUUUGGAUGUGGACUAUAAUUCGAGGCCAGGAUUGGAUUCAAAUCGGAAAACUAGAGGGUUUAAAUCCACCACCGCGUCCGAACUCUUCUAUCGCGGCUGUUCAGGCACCAGAUGGAGAUACUAUUUCUCUUUAUUACACUGCAGAAAAUGGGACUCUAUACGACGCUAUUGGCAGCCCGCAGGGCACCAGAUGGAGAAUGGGUACUCUAGCUCCACUUACCAACUACGGUGUCCUUGUAUCAGAAGGAUCAGGUAUCGGAGCCUCCUGGUGGGGUAACAAGAACGACAACGGGCCUGGCUAUCGAAUUCGUAUAUACUAUGUUGACAGUGCGGCAGCCCGCGUUCGAGAACUUGCGUAUGAUGCAAACAAGACCCCGAAGUGGUUCAUUACCGAUCAACAGUUGGAAACAUGUUCACCACAAGCCAAGAUUACUAUCGCACACUUGCCGCCAGAGAACUCAACAAGCACUAGGCAAGAAACGGCACAUCUAUUUUAUGAGGAUAGAAAUGGAAAUAUAAGGCAUUUUCCUGGCUAUGAUGGAACCUGGGAUAGUUCAUAUGCGGAAACUAUCCAGCAAUCCUCAAUCCCGCCUGGCGCCUACAUCACCGCUAGCCUCUACGUCAAUCAAGCCUCAAAUCAUACUAUCCGUCUAUGGUAUCUGGACGAAUCUUCCCGUCUAAGCUACAUCGGUGGUCUGGGCCAAUCUAAAAAGGCAUUCCCAGAUUUCGACAACCUCGGAACCUUCGAUAAUCGAGAAGUUGUCAGCAGUGGCACUACAAGGUACAUCAGCUUAGGCGAAAUUGAAGGAGGCUCAUUAGCAGUCGUUGGCUGGGUUGAAGGCGGAGAACAAGUCCGAGUAUACUACCAAGGUAGCAUAAGAGGGAAUGCAGGCAAAAACGCUGCCGUAGAAAUUGCGGGUACUCUUGGGUGGCAGACCAAGGUUUUAGAAAUCGAGGAGUUGUAG